AUGGAUCUCCAGAAGGUGCUGUCCCAGAUGAUUCUGUUUCUGCUUUUCCUGUCUCUGUCACUGCUGGGAGGUCACUCCCACCCUCUGAGCAGUCCUAGCCAGUCUCCGGAACAAGUCAAGAUGCAGGCGCUGUUGGAUCUGCUGAGGGAAAAGGCAGAGGAGGUGCCUCAGGGGCAGCUCCUGAAGGACCAAGAUACCACAAAAGCAUCUCUCAAAAGCACCCUUGGCUCUCAAGACAGCACCUUCCAGAUCUUGCAGAGAAUUCGCAACUCCAAGAAGAUGCAUACUUCGAGCUGCUUUGGGCACAGGAUAGACCGGAUCGGCUCUGUCAGUCGACUGGGUUGCAAUGUGCUGAAGCGGUAUUAG